GAAUGUUAAGAUGGUGUGGUUGUUUACCUGGAGGAGCAGCAACAGUGGCAGUCCAUGUUGUUAUUAUCCUCUCUUACACCUCAUAAUGGGCAAGAAUAAGAGAGAUUACCAAGUAGAUGAGAUGGAGUCGUAUGGGUACACAAGUAACUCGAGUCAUAGUUCUUCAAGUAGCAGCAGCAGCGGUUCUGGGUCCAGUGACAGUGAAAACAGUACCAGCACUGAAAGAGAGAGAAAAAAGAAGAGAGUGAAAAAGAAAGGCUCCAAGCCUAAAAAAGAGAAAAGAUUAAAAAAAAGUACAAGUGGUGGAAGUGAGGAUGAGGAAACAGAAAAUGAUGAUACCAGAGAAAAAAAGAAGAGAACGAAGCAUGCGAAACACAGAAGUGAAGUAGAUGAAAGGUACACAGAUGAUUAUGAAGCUAGAGAUGACCGAAAGCAUCAUAAUAGUCGGAAACACAAACAUCAUCGCAAGCACAAACACAAACAUCGACACCACAAACACCAUCGCAGUGAAGAGCGGCAAGAGAGAAGGAGAGAAGGAUCUGUAGAGAGAACUGAAGUGAGAAGAGGAAGAGAUGGUGAAGAAAGAAAAUAUAAAGAUAGGCUGGAAUAUGACAAAUCAGAAAGGGAGAGGAGAGUGGACAAAGGUACUGAAAGAAAAGAUAAGAGAGAAGAAAGAAAACAGAAAGAUAGAUAUGAGAGCAGGCAGGUGAAAAGCAAGUGGGAUGAGGAGGAUGAUACUCAGUAUGAUGCUAACAAGCACAUCAAAGUAGAAAUGGACUUGGAUGAAGAUACUAGUAGAGAGCAGACCAGCAAGAGAUCAGAUGAUGACCGUAGGAAGCACAAAAUUAAGAAAGAAACUGGAAGAAGCCGCCAAGAAACUGACAGGGAACAGAUGUCUCAGAAUGGCCGGCCAGAUUGGGGAACGAAAAAUGAUGUAAAGAAUUUAAAGGAAGAAAAUUCAGCAUCUGAAGAGGACAAGCAAAAGAAUAAGCCUAAUAUGGGACUUUCUGGGAAGUUGACUGAAGAUGCCAACACUUUUAAUGGUGUGGUUAUCAAAUAUUCUCAACCACCCGAGGCCAGGAAACCCAAACGUCGCUGGAGAUGGUAUAUAUUCAAAGGUGAAGAGGACCUUCCAUUUCUUCCACUACACCGUCAGAGUGCUUACCUUAUUGGCCGUGAUCGCAAGGUGGCAGACAUUCCAACCGACCACCCGUCCUGCUCUAAACAACACGCCGUCCUGCAGUACCGACUUGUUGCAUAUAAUAGAGAAGAUGGAACCAAAGGUCGAACUGUCAAGCCAUAUAUUCUAGACCUCGAAUCAGCCAAUGGAACCUAUCUCAAUAACCGUAGAAUCGAGUCCCGCCGAUUUGUAGAGUUGCUGGAAAAAGAUGUUGUCAAGUUUGGUUACAGCUCUAGAGAAUAUAUUUUAUUGCACGAGGGCUCCAAGGGUGACGAAGAACACGUGCCAGACACAGGUGUAGAGCUUAGUCCGGUCUCCAUUCUCAGAAGCUAGUAAAGUGAAUUAAGCUAAACAAUUCAAGUGUGGAAAAAGACACUUAGGUACAGCUCAAAACAUUUAUUAGAGACAAGGUUUUGUCAUGAGUGGCUCCUUCAGUCCUGAUGAUGAAGUUACCUGUAGUGAAGCAUUUCCUCUAAUAAAUGUCCUAAACUGUUAUGUACAGUUCAAGGCAUUUAUUAGAGGAAAUGUUUCACUACAGGUAACUUCAUCAUCAGGAUUGAAGAAGCCACUUGUGAGACAUUUCCCCUAAUAUGUCCUGAACUGUACAUAACAGCUCCGGACAUUUACUAGUGGAAAUGUUGCAACACAGGUAACUUCAUCAUCAGGACUGAAGAAGCCACUCAAGACAAGACCUUUCCUCUAAUAAAUGUCUUGAACUAUACACAAGUAUCUUUUUCCACAUCUUGAUGGUAUCACCAGACCAUUUUUCACAAUUCAAGUCUCAAGAGUUGAGGAACCUUGUAAAUAUUGAACAGUUUUUAUUCCUUGGCUUCAUGGAUAAUUACUUCUGUAUUUUCUACAUAUCCUGUCAGAGUUAGGAAGAUGUAUGUGAAACACUCCUCAUGUUUUUAUAAUAAUUGUGAUGACAGUUACAGAUGAAGCUAGUUUUUGCAAGUAAUUAACUAAUAAAGAGUUGUUAAGUCCACAAAUGUCGGGAUUCAUACCAUUGAUUACUGCAGAUAAGUUGUCAUUCAUUGCUUCAUUAAUUAGGUUAGGUGUGUGUGUGUGUGCAUGCGUGCACAUGCACGUGCACUCGCCUAUUUGUGGUUGCAGGGGUCAAGUCAUAGCUCCUGGCCUCACCUCUUCACUGACUGCUACUAGGUCCUCUCUCCCUGCUCCAUGAGCUUUAUCAAAUCUCGUCUUAAAACUGUGUAUGGUUCCUGCCUCCACUGCGUCACUUCCCAGACUAUUAAACUUCCUGACAACUCUGUGACUGAAGAAACACUUCCUAACAUCCCUGUGAUUCAUCUGAAUCUUCAACUUUCAAUUGUGACCUCUUGUUGCUAUGUCCCAUCUCUGGAACAUCCUGUCUCUGUCCACCUUGUCGAUUCCUCUCAGUAUUUUAUGUCAUUAUCAUAUCUCCCCUAUCUCUCCUGUCCUCCAGUGUGAUCAGGUCGAUUUCCCUUAACCUCUUCUCGUAAGACAUACCCCUUAGCUCCAGGACUGGUCUUGUUACAAACCUUUGCACUUUCUCUAAUUUCCUUACUAGGUGUGGGUUCCAAACUAGUGCUGCAUCCAAUAUAGGCCUAACUUACAUGGUGUACAGGGUCGUGUGUGUUGUGUGUGUGUGUGUGUGUUGUGUGGGUGUGUUGUGUGUAUUAUGUGGGUGUUGUGUGUAUUAUGUGGGUGUUGUGUGUGUGUGUGCACGUGUGUAUGUGUGUGUGUGUAUGUAUGUGUACUCACCUGUUUGUUUUUGCAGGGAUUGAGUCAUAGCUCCUGGCCCCGCUCCUUCACUGAGCACUAGUAGGUCCUCUCUCCCUGCUCCAUGAGCAUUAUCAAAUCUCAUCUUAAAACUAUGUAUGGUUCCUGCCUCCACUGCGUCACUUCCCAGACUAUUCCACUUCCUGACAACUCUAUGGCUAAAGAAAUACUUGCUAAUAUCCUUUUGGCUGUAAUUGUUUUACAUGAUGGUAGGAUUGCUGGUGUCCUUUUUUCUGUUUCAUAAACAUGCAAGAUUUCAGGUACGUCUUGCUACUUCUACUUACACUUAGGUCACACUACACAUACAUGUACAAGCAUAUAUAUACAUACCCCUCUGAGUUUUCUUCUAUUUUCUUUCUAGUUCUUUUUCUUGUCUAUUUCCUCUUAUCUCCAUGGGGAAGUGGAACAGAAUUCUUCCUCCGUAAGCCAUGUGUGUCAUAAGAGGUGACUAAAAUGCCAGGAGCAAGGGGCUAGUAGCCCCUUCUUCUGUAUAUAUUACUAAAUUUAAAAGGCGAAACUUUCGUUUUUCCUUUUGGGCCACCCCACCUCAGUGGGAUACGGCUGGUACGUUGAAAGAAGAUGAUGAUCCUUUUGGCUCGUCUGAGUCUUCAACUUUGAAUUGUGACCCAUUGUUCCUGUGUCCCAUCUCUGGAACAUCCUGUCUCUGUCCAUCUUGUCAAUUCCUUGUGGUAUUUUGUAUGUCAUUACCAUGUCUCCCCUAACCCUCCUGUCCUCCAGUGUUUUCAGGCCAAUUUCCCUUAACCUUUCUUUGUAGGACAUUUCCUUUAGCUCUGGAACUAGUCUUGUUGCAAACCUUUACACUUUGUCUAAUUUCUUGACGUGCUUGACCAGGUGUGGGUUCUAAACUAGUGCUGCAUACCCUGGUAUGGGCCCAAUGUACACAGUGUACAAUCUUGAACGAUUCCUUACUUUGUGUGGGUGUGGGUAUGUGUGUGUGGGGGGGA